CUAGCCCACGCCGCGACGUUGCGACCUGCGCGGAGCCAACUAGCUCGAAAUUGAUCGCACAGAACACUAGCGCGAAAGCGCCGUACAGCGCAGACGCCACCGCAGCGAUCCGCGCCGCGAUCUGCACUCUCUACGCUACAAACACGCUAUCUACGCUACACAGCAGUCGCUGCGAUGUCCGCGCUAGACACGGAAGCCCCCGCGUGGGAGACGAGCAAAGAAAACGCCGCGCCGAGGAAGAAGGGCCGCGACGUGGCGAAAUUAAACCGAGCCUUCGGCGCCGCGCCCGACGACGACGCCGCCAUCCGCCACCACGAGGCCGCUCUAUCGACGGAAGGCGACGACCCCCUCCAAGCGUUCACCACAUAUGCGGCGUACCUGGAACAGCACCGCCCGACGGACGCGCUCGCCGCGUUUGAGCUGAGGGAAAGAUGCUGCCGGGCGUUCCGCGACGACGAGCGCUACAAGAACGACGCGCGCUACGUGCAGAUGUGGCUCGACUACGCGGACAACCUCCAGGACCCCGACGACCUCUUCAAGUUCAUGAAGAAGAAGAAGGUCGGUCUGCAGUCGGCAGCGUUCUGGUGCGCGUGGGCUUUACGAAGUGAAGAGCGCGGCCACGUCAAGAACGCCGCGGAGCUCUACAAGAAGGGCCUCGAGAAGGGCGCGUUGCCGACGGAAAUGCUCACGGCGAAGCAGGCGGCCUUCGAGGCGCGCGCCGUCGACCGCGAGCGGAACCCGCCUCCGCCGCGGCCGCGGCCCCGCGGCCUGACCGCGCAACGUCCGUCGCGAGCGCCCACGCAACAGCCGCAGUCGACGCCGGCCGCCUCGGGAACAACUCCGGCCCUCGAGAUCUUCGUCGACGAGGGGCUCCGGCCCGUGACGGCUCCCGUUGACGACUGGCCCGACUUCGGGUCGCCGCCCCGCGUUUCACCUCCACGCCAUCGCCGCGACGUUGGUUUGCGCACAGGUCCCUCCGCGAGCGCGCCAAGGAGAACACGCGCGGCCCGACGCCCUGGACCGAGGCGGCGCUGUCCGCGCCCAAGACGUCUGCGCCGACGCUCGCGUCGGCGGUCCGCGGUCCGGCGUCAGAGGCACAACUUUUGGUCGCAUUGGAUGUACUCGCCGAGAGAGAAAAACACCACGCGCUCACGCGCAGGCGCCGCCGGCCUUCGACGUCUUCGUCGACGACGACUGCGUCGCGGCGCCCGCGCCCGCGCCGGACGCGCCCACGACGCUCCGCGACUGACUAAAGAUACACGUUACUUACUGCACGAUACCGACUGCUACAGCGAUUCCCAUGUGAGACU